UUCUCUUUGCCUUUGAUUUGACAUUUAGAUAACCAAAAAAUUCAAAAACAUUUAUGCACAAAUUUAACAAUGCCAGGUGCUUUUUCUGAAAUUAUAGACGAUAUUGAGGAUUUAAUAUCUUCACAAGAUAUAACGCCAAAAGAAAGAUAUGCUAGUAGAAAAAAUGUGAGUGUGAGAUCUCGCAAACGGGACACGAAAGACGAUACACAGGUUGCAGAAAAGGUUAUUUUGGAGAGUGUUGUUCCAGGUACUCAAACAAUAUAUGUAAAGACAUGGGGCUGUGCACACAACAACUCCGACUCGGAAUACAUGGCCGGCUUGCUGGCGGCCCAAGGUUAUCGACUCACUGAGGACAAGUUGCAAGCACAGCUUUGGUUGCUCAACUCUUGCACCGUUAAGAGCCCAGCCGAAGACCACUUCAAGAACGAGAUUGAGUUGGGCCACAGUCGGGGCAUCCACGUAGUGGUGGCUGGUUGCGUGCCGCAGGGAGCGCCGCGGUCUGGGUACCUGCGCGGCCUCAGUGUCGUGGGCGUGCACCAGAUCGACAGGAUCGUUGAGGUCGUUGAGGAGACACUUAAAGGUCAUACGGUCCGCUUAUUCGGCCAAAGGAAAACCGAGGAAGGUCGUAAAGCGGGUGGCGCAUCUCUUCAACUGCCUAAAGUCCGCAAGAACCCACUAAUUGAGAUCAUACCCAUCAACACUGGGUGCUUGAACCAGUGCACUUAUUGUAAGACGAAACAUGCGAGAGGAGAAUUAGGCAGCUAUCCGCCUGAAGAAAUCGUGGAGAGAGCCAGACAAUCCUUCAAGGAAGGCGUCGUUGAGAUUUGGCUGACAAGCGAAGACACCGGCACAUAUGGACGCGAUAUAGGCACCUCAUUGCCCGCUCUACUGCGUCAGCUGGUAGAAGUGAUUCCUGAGGGAUGUCGCUUAAGACUGGGCAUGACAAACCCACCAUACAUUUUGGAGCAUUUACCCGACGUGGCCGAGAUUAUGAGGCAUCCUCGAGUAUACAAAUUCCUCCACGUUCCCGUACAAUCUGGCAGCGACCAGGUGUUAGCUGAUAUGAAGAGAGAAUAUUCCAGGAAGGAGUUCGAGCACGUCGUGGACUAUCUCAGGGAAAACGUUCCCGGCAUCACUAUAGCGACGGACAUAAUCUGCGGCUUCCCCACGGAAACGGAACGGGACUUCCAGGAUACCAUGUCGUUGUGCCAUAAGUACCGAUUCCCGUCGUUGUUCAUCAACCAAUUCUUCCCAAGACCGGGAACACCGGCCGCUAAUAUGCAGAGGGUACCCGGGCAAGAGGUGAAGAAACGCACCAAAAUGCUGUCGGAACUGUUCAGAUCCUACGAGCCGUAUGGCCACAAAGUAGGCGAGAUUCAAGAGGUUUUAGUAACUGACAUAUCGCAUGACAAGAACUAUUUCGUCGCCCACAACGAAUAUUACGAACAGGUCCUCGUACCAAAAGAAGAUAAAUACAUGGGAAAAAUGUUCACAGUUAAAAUAACUAGCGCUAGCAAAUUCUCCAUGAUUGGCGAACCCAUAGACAAACCAAAGAUGCCCGGUCUAACUGCACCCUUAAAGAAAGGAGAAGUUUCCGGUGUCUAUGCUCGGGGAAUAGACAAUAAAGUGAAGAUACCGAUCCCUCUUUUGGUAGCUGCGUUCGCGUUGCUAUUAAGGAUAAUUUGGAUGUUUUUAUAGUUGUUUUAUUGUAAUAUAAUUAUUUGUAAGGAUGA